AGUUCUUGCAGUUCUGUGUGCAUCUAAUCAAAAACAGGAAGGUUCCAGUUUAUUAUCUUUGUGUUUCCAGAGGUGGGCAGCACAGACACAGAGCAGCGUCUCCAGGAUCCGACUGUUUGUCUAUGAAGAGUGACUCCUCCAGGAAAGACCCUCUAUACUUCAGUAAUCAACCCGGACCCUCACACACAAAACACAGAGCGGCAUCUCCAGUAUCCGACUGUUUGUCUAUGAAGAGUGACAUAUCCAGAGAUGCCCCUCCAGACUUAAGGAAUCAACCCGGACCCUCACACACAGAACAGUGCUUCACUUCAUGCAGGGACUGGUCUGCUUCAUCAAAGCUGCCCUCCUGGCACCACUCAGGAACCACAGCUGGAGUCCAGACAGCCAGUCCGAGCAGCUUGAUACCAAUUGAUGGUGGUUUGCAGAAGGUUUUAGAUGAUCAUAAGCUCAUACUGAAGAGGAAAUGUGAACGUGUGACUGAAGGAACUCAUGAAACCGAAGGAACCCUCCUCAACAGGAUCUACACUGAGCUCUACAUCACGGAGGGGCGGUCUGAAGAUGUGAACACGCAGCAUGAGGUGAGGCAGCUUGAGACACCUUCCAAGAUCACCCUCGAGGACACUCCAAUCAAGUGCCACGAGAUCUUUAAAGCCUUACCUGACCAACAAACAGAUAUCCGAGUUGUUCUGACAAAUGGCAUUGCUGGAGUUGGGAAGACCUUCUCGGUUCAGAAGUUCACUCUGGACUGGGCAGAGGGCUUGGAAAACCAAGACAUUAAUGUGGUGGUUCUGCUCUCAUUCAGAGAGCUGAACCUGAUCAAAGAUAAGCAGUACAGUCUUCUGGAGCUGCUCCACGUUUUCCAUCCAACAUUAGAGAAGGUCACAGCGGAGAACCUGGAUCUCUGUAAACUUUUGCUCAUCUUUGAUGGCCUGGAUGAAAGCAGACUUUCACUGGAUUUCACCAUAACAAAGGUCAUAUCAGACGUCACACAGAAGUCAUCAGUCUGUGAGCUGCUGACAAACCUCAUCCAGGGGAAUCUGCUUCGCUCGGCUCUCAUCUGGAUAACUUCCAGACCUGCAGCAGCCAAUCUGAUCCCUUCUAGAUGUGUCGACAGGGUCACAGAAGUACGUGGAUUCACAGAUGAGCAGAAGGAGGAGUACUUCAGAAAGAGACUGAGUGAUGAAGAACGGUCCAGUAGAAUCAUCUCCCACAUCAAGUCAUCUAGGAGCCUCCACAUCAUGUGUAGAAUCCCAGUCUUCUGCUGGAUCACCGCUACAGUCCUUGAAGACAUGUUGACUACAGAUCAGAGGGAAGAGCUGCCCAAGACCCUGACGGAUAUGUACUCACACUUCCUUCUAGUUCAGAUGAAGAGAAAGAAGCACAAAUAUCAUGAGGGACAAGAGAUGGCACAGGAGGUAGUAGAGGCUGAUCGGGAGGUUCUUCUGAAGCUGGGAAGGCUGGCAUACGAACAUUUAGAGAAAGGAAGCGUCAUGUUCUACCAAGAAGACCUGGAGGAGUGUGGUCUGAAUCCCGAUGAGGCCUUGGUGUAUUCAGGGGUUUGUACAGAAAUCUUCAAAAGAGAGUGUGUGAUCUUCGAGAAACCAGUCUACUGCUUUGUUCAUCUGAGCAUUCAGGAGUUUCUGGCUGCUGUCUACAUGUUUCACUGUUACACCAACAAGGACAUAGAGGUGUUGAAGCAAUUCCCGGGGACAAAGUGGGACAACAAAAAUAGUGACACAUAUCUGGAUGUCUUUCUGAGCAGAGUCAUGGACAAGUCCCUCAAAAGUAAAAAUGGCCACUUGGAUCUGUUUGUUCGCUUCCUUCAUGGCCUCACUCUGGAAUCCAACCAGAAAAUCUUAGGAAGUCUGCUGGGCAAGGCAGAGAUCACUCCAGAAAUCAUCCAGAGAACCGUUAACAGCCUCAAGGAGAAGAAAACAAAAAUCGCCCCCGACAGAAGCAUCAACAUCUUCCAGUGCCUGAUAGAGAUGAACGACCUCUCGGUAUCUCAGGAGAUCCAAGAGUUCCUGAGGUCAGAGAACAGAUCAGAGAAGGAGCUCUCCGAGAUCCACUGCUCAGCUCUGGCCUACAUGCUGCAGAUGUCAGAGGAGGUUCUUGAGGAGCUUGACUUGAAGAGGUACAAGACAUCACUGGAGGGACGACUGAGAUUGAUCCCAGCUGUGAGGAACUGCAGAAAGGCUCGACUCCCUGGCUGUGAGCUCUCAGAUACUCACUGUGAAGUCGUGGCGUCAGCCCUGAAGUCCAGACCCUCCCACCUGGUACAUCUGGACCUGAGUGGAAACUACCUGAAAUACCCAGGAAUGAAGCUGCUGACUGGUGGACUCAAAAGUCACAACUGUAAACUAGAGAGUCUGAAUUUGACUUCAUGCAGGUUGUCAGAGACCAGCUGUGAUUCUCUGGUCUGUGCGCUCAUGUCCAACCCCUCCCAUCUGACAGAGCUCGACCUGAGUGACAAUAAGCUGCAGGAUUCAGGAGUGAAGCUGCUUUGUAAUUUUCUGGAGAGUCCUGAUUGUCAACUGGAGGCUCUGAGGUCAGAGUUUUCUUUUAUUCUAGUUUCCUGCUUUUCAGUUGAUGGUGGUUUGCAGGAUUAGGAAAU